AGGAGCCCCGCGUCGCCAUCAAGAGAGAAGGGGACCAUGACGGGGGCAGUGUAGAAAGGCAGCAGGAUGGGGAGGUGCUGGAGGCAUGGGGGAACGGGAAGGAGCCCUGGAGAAGAGCCGCGGUCAAAGCGGAGCCGCCCGAGGCGGUGUUCGGGGUCUGCAGGGUGAAGGUGGAGCAGGAGGAACCCCCAAGCGAGCCCCUGCACGGAUCCGCUCCCACCGGCGCCGGGGACUGCAAGGUGCAGCUGCUCGAGGGGUUCAGGGUGCUCCCGGAGGAUGUGAAGAUCCCGGUUGUGGUCCGUCCCUUGCCUCCCGGGACCCGCAUCCAGAUCCAGGGCCCUCUGCCGCCAGAGCUCAUCCAUGUGGCGAAGGCGCCGGUGAAACCGGUGCCGCUUAAAAUGCAGUCUUUGCUGGAGCCUUCCGUAAAGAUUGAGACAAAAAAUGUUCCCCUCACGGUGCUGCCCUGCAAUUCAGGUAUGCCAGAUAUGCCAUUUAGCAAGGACAAAAGUGGCCACAUAAAACGUCCAAUGAACGCAUUUAUGGUGUGGGCCAGGAUUCAUCGGCCUGCCCUAGCAAAAGCUAACCCAGCUGCCAAUAAUGCAGAAAUCAGUGUUCAGCUUGGACUGGAGUGGAGCAAACUGACUGAAGAGCAGAAGCAGCCCUAUUAUGAUGAAGCUCAUAAAAUAAAACAAAGGCACAGAGAGGAAUUUCCUGGUUGGGUUUAUCAACCACGAGCAGGCAAAAAGAAACGUCUUCCACUGCCUAUCUCUACUGUGUUUUCUGGCACUUCUCAGAGUAUCAUCACUACAAAUCCAGCUGGCACGUGGCCCCCCCAGUCACCUGCUUACUCUGUUGUCAUCCCCAGUGUUAAGAACAGUAUUGGACAUCCAGUCUGUGAAGCUCCUCCUGCCAUCCGUCUGCCGGCUCCUUCCAUUCAACAUCCUGGUCCAAUUACUCUUUUCCAGACCACUAGUACAAGCACCACAUCACUGGCUGUUCCAGCUCCGGUCCUGUCCCUGCGCCCUGUAAUUUCACCACAGCCCUUUGCUGAACCUGUUGAGACAGAAGCGCUCAAUGGAUCAUCUGGGCUCAAUUGCUCUCUGAAGAGACCUACACCAGUUUUAAUUGAGAGCUUCAGCAGAAACCCCAAUAACACCACCAACACUAAUGGCAGAUUUUCUGUCUCUAAUAGCGAGCCCCCAAAGGAGUACCCAGGGUUUCCUAUUUUUCCUAGAGCUGUACCUCUUCCCCAAGCUAGCCCUUUUCUUUACCCACAUCUCUAUGAGCCUCUUCCCGUUGGCCAGCCAGCCAGUCUGUUUGGAGUACCGCCUCGGUUUGCCUUUCACCACCCUUACUUUGUACCUGGACCUCACUACAUCUCCUCAAGCACAUGCCUAUUCAGCCGCCCUCCAUUUGGCUGUGGGAAUUUCUCCAGCCCAGUGCCUGAAUGCCUUGGCUUUUAUGAAGACAGGUACCAAAGGCAGGAGGUGAUGUUUUCAGGUCUGAAUGAAGACUAUCCUUACAAGGAAUCCCCAGAAGAAAGUAUACGUGAGGAGCACAGCUCCAACGAGGAGCGGUAUCUAAGCCCCCUACCACAGCUGGACGUCGGAACGUUGGAGGAGGUUUUGUCAGUCACGCCAUCUAGUCCCUCCAGCAUCCAGAUAGUCAACAUCACUGACAGCGACGAGGAAGAAGAAGUAAAGUUGUUGCAAGAAUUGUAA